AUGAUUUUUUUUAAAUAUCUUAGAAAUAACGUUAGACGGAGUUCGACAAAACCGAAACUAUCACCUCUUUACAAAGACGUUGUUAGAGAUUUCGACAAUUACGCACCAAAGAUAAUUGAUAAUGGACUGGCUAAUGCUACUUUUAUAAAGUCAGCGGCUGUAAAAUCAAGAAUAAAAGAGUUUUCAGAAUAUUAUUUGAUUGGACGAAAACCAGUACAUGGAGAAUUUGUUGCGUUUGCCUAUGAAACACUUGAAAAACCCGAAGUGAUCAGUGAAGAGCUGCUUAAAAAAAUUCAAGUGAUAACGUGCACGGCUGAAAUGGUUCAAGCAUAUUUCUUUAUUUGGGACGAUUUUGAGGAUGACGCCAAAACACGUUGCGGAAAACCAUGUUGGCAUUUACGUCCAGACACUGAGUCGCUAGCGUUUAACGACGCCUGUAUCAUGAGAAGCUUUAUUGAGGAAUUAGUAAGACAAAAUUUCACGGCUGAACUACGUGACAAUGUUUUACGCAUUUAUAAUAGGGUAUAUUUCUUUGCUUCUAUGGGCCAAUAUUUAGAUACAAUAGCGGCCAAAUCAAAUAAUUACGAUAACUUUACACGUGAACAAUAUAACGCUACAAACGUAAUAAAAUCGUCAUUUUACGCAAUCAAAUCACCAAUUUUACUAGGAUUAGCACUUGCCAAUAAGUUCAAUGAGGCGUCAUACAAUCACGUGGAUAGGGUCUGUGAUGAUAUUGGCGUACUGGCACAAAUCCACAAUGAUGUAACUGAUGCUUUUAACAUAGACGAAUCAGUCACUGGUAAGAGUGGCACAGAUAUACAAGAAAGAAAAUGUUCUUGGGUAGCCGUCGCUGUUUUAGGGAAAUGUAAUACAGAACAAAGGCGCAUUUUCGAAGAGAAUUACGGCAGCAGUGAUCCAAAGAAAAUAGAUCGCAUUCGCCGAUUAUACGAAGAGUUGGAUAUACUACAAUUGUAUAAGCAAGAACAAAAAGCUCGUUAUGAAACGUUCCUUAAGAAAGUAAGCGAUUUGCCCAAAAAUGCAAUACCGUCUGCUGAAUUCUUCUAUAAGUUUUAUGAUUUAUUGCAAACUUACACAGAGGAUACCACAAAAAUAAGGUAUGACAAACAUUAA